AUUCUUCUAUUACUUCCAGAAACAAAACGAAGUUUCAAAUCAAAUUCCACACCAAUGACCUUUUUUUUUCUCUUUUUUUUUUCUUUUUUUUUUAAAUAUUAACGGUCCACAUUACAUUGACAUACAUUUCGUCAUCAUCCCCAAUCGUGAAAAUAUUUUCGGUGAUCUUCCAAGAAAAUCCUAACCUUCAUCGACCAUAAUUUCUGCCCCUCAGAAAAAUUCCUCCAUUCUUCUCUCUAUAAUAUAUAAUAUAUAUUUACGCGUCGGUGUUUCGAAGUUGCUGGACUAACUCUCUCUGCAACUUCGUGGUCACAUAUUGAUUGAAUCAAAAGAGAGAGAGAGAGAGAGACUUUGAGGAUUCGCCAAAAAAAAAAACGAAAAAAAAACCCAGAAGAGCUCGUGGGUUUUCCAAUAAUGGCGGCGAUGAAGAGACCCAAAUUGGAAAAACUUAACGUGUUCGUGUCUCUGACGAGGCAGAGAUCGGUUCAGAUGCUGAUAGGCGUGGGGCUUCUGUAUUUGGUCGUGGUCACCAUGGAAAUCCCCUUCGUCUUCAAGACCGGCUUCACCGACGUCUCUCAGGAGACCGCUCUGCACCGCCCUGAACACCUCAACAGUGAGUUGGAGGAGAGAGAAUCCCCGACUCGGCCUCUCGAACGCGUGACUCAGAACUCGCACCAGCCGAUUCCGAGUCGAACCGUCCCGAGCCACCGCCGUGGCCCGAUUCUAUCAAACCUGGUGUUUGAUCGGAAGACGUUCGAUUUGGGAAGCGGUUCGGAGCUCUACAAAUCGGCGAAGGUCGCGUGGGAAGUCGGGAGGAAGUUCUGGCGGGAGCUGGAAUCAGGGAAGCAGCUCCGAGUCCACUCGGAAGAGAGACGGGAGAAUCUGACCGAGUCGUGCCCGCGCUCGGUGGUGCUGGGCGGGUUGGAGCUCGAGUCGCGGGGGGGAGUGGUGGUGAUCCCGUGCGGGCUGACGCUGGGGUCCCACAUAACUCUGGUGGGGAAGCCGAGGGGGGCCCAGCAGGAGGAAGGGACGAUGGUGUCGCAGUUUAAGGUGGAGUUGAUGGGCCUGAAGACGGUGGAUGGGGAGGAGCCGCCGCGGGUUCUGCAUUUCAAUCCGAGGCUGAGAGGGGAUUGGAGUGGAAGGCCGGUGAUUGAGCAGAACACUUGUUACCGGAUGCAGUGGGGCUCUGCUCUCAGGUGUGAGGGAUGGAAAUCCAAGGCUGAUGAUGAAACUGUUGAUGGCCAGGUGAAGUGUGAGAAGUGGAUCCGUGAUGAUAACAAUCAUUUGGAGCAGGCCAAGGCAACAUGGUGGCUAAGCAGGUUAAUAGGCCGAACGAAGAAGGUGACUGUUGACUGGCCGUACCCGUUUGCAGAGGAGAUGCUCUUUGUUUUAACUCUUAGCGCUGGCCUGGAGGGUUACCAUAUUAACGUUGACGGGAGGCAUGUCACCUCUUUUCCUUACCGCACAGGAUUUACUCUUGAGGAUGCCACCGGGCUGUCCGUGAGUGGGGACAUUGAUGUCCACUCUGUAUUUGCUGCUUCACUGCCCUCGACGCAUCCUAGUUUUGCCCCACAGCGGCACCUUGAGAUGUCAAGCAAAUGGCGUGCUCCACCUCUUCCUGAGGGGGAGGUUGAAAUGUUCAUCGGUAUACUUUCUGCAGGCAACCAUUUUGCUGAGCGCAUGGCAGUAAGAAAGUCCUGGAUGCAGCACAAGCUUAUCAAAUCGUCGAAUGUGGUAGCUCGUUUUUUUGUAGCACUGCAUGCCAGAAAGGAAGUGAACACGGAGUUAAAGAAAGAAGCGGAGUUCUUUGGUGAUAUUGUUAUAGUGCCUUACAUGGAUAACUAUGACCUUGUCGUGUUGAAAACUGUUGCGAUUUGUGAAUAUGGGGUUCAAUCCAUGUCUGCUAAGUACAUUAUGAAGUGUGAUGAUGAUACAUUUGUAAGAGUGGAUGUCGUUCUCAACGAAGCAAAAGAAGUACCUCAGGGAAAGAGUUUGUAUGUUGGAAACAUUAACUACUAUCAUACGCCCCUGCGUGCGGGUAAAUGGGCUGUGACGCAUGAGGAGUGGCCAGAAGAAGUUUAUCCUCCUUAUGCAAAUGGACCUGGCUACAUUAUGUCAUCCGAUAUUGCACACUUCAUUGUGUCUGAAUUUAGAAGACAUAAAUUAAGGUUGUUCAAGAUGGAGGAUGUAAGCAUGGGAAUGUGGGUAGAGAAAUUCAACAGUACAAAACCAGUAGAGUAUGUGCACAACGUGAAGUUCUGCCAAUUUGGAUGUAUAGUAGAUUAUUAUACAGCACAUUACCAGUCCCCGAGGCAGAUGAUGUGCAUGUGGGACAAAUUGCAGGAACAACAAGCAAGGCCUCAGUGCUGCGACAUGAGAUGAUAACAAUGGUAUUAAUGACCAUCUUGAGAAACAAUUUUUGCAGUCAUAGCAUUUUAUGUUGUAUAUUCUCUAUAAAGGCUUAACGAUCAUAUCUGCCUUUUGGGCUUGUACAAAAAUUUUCCUUUCAAUGAAAUUCAUUCAUUAUUUAC